AUGAAGACCACCACCUUCCUUUGCGCCGUCCUGGCUUCCACUGCUAUCGCCCAGCCUCACCAGCACGCCAACAAGCGUCGCCAUGUCCACGGCAAGCACCAGAAGCGCGCUCUCGUCACUGAGUGGGUUACAGAAACUGCCUACGUGACCGAGUGGGUUGAUUCGACCACUACCGUCUGGGUCGACCCCGACGUCUCGUCCACCAGCUCUGCCGUCCCGACCACCUCGGUUCCCGCCCAAUUUUUCGAGCCUGCCAACCAGCCCGUCUACAACACCUUGUCCACCUCCACGAAGCCCUCCCCCGUCGCUUCCCCCGUCAAGGAGCCCGUCUCGCAGGCCCCGCCUCCCGUACCUACCACUUCCACUUCCACGUCCGCUCCUGCGCCCGCUCCUCAGACUCCGACUCCCGAGCUUGUCCAGCCUUCCACCCCCGUCUACGUUGCUCCUCCGCCUGUCCCUACCACGUCUUCCGCCCCCGCCCCCGCUCCUCAGCCCACCACCGAGGCUGCUUCCCCUAGUGCCACACCAACUAGCCCCUCAGGCGGCUCAGGCGGCUCUGGCGGCGAUGUUCACUCCGGUGAUCUGACCUACUACGCCGUCGGCCUGGGUGCCUGCGGAGAGGACGACAGCGGUAAGGACCGGACUGAGAAUAUCGUUGCUAUCUCCCACCUUGUUAUGGGUGCCCAGUCCAACGGCAACCCGUACUGCGGCAGGAAAGUCAAGAUCAGCGUCAACGGCAAAACUACCACCGCCACUGUCCGCGACAAGUGCAUGGGCUGCAAAGCUGAGGACAUUGACGUCAGCGAGAAGUGCUUCCUCGAGAUGUUCGACAGCCUCGGCGUCGGCCGUCAGACUGUCGAGUGGUCUUUCGUCUAA